GUUGUGAAAUUAAUAAAUUCUAUGGGAAUUUGAAAUGGAAAAAAAAUUCGUUUUUUUUUCUCUCUUACUUAACGAUAAACAAUGGAGAAGUUUAAUUGAUUUGUUUUCGUAGUAUUUUCAUUAUAAAAAUAGAAUAAUGAAUCAGUUGGAUCGAUUUGAGACCAAAUGAAUUUUUUUUUUUUUUUUUUUUGAAUGGAAAAAAAUCGGUCUAAUGAAGAUGGUACAGAACAGCAACAACAACAACAACAACAAUGUGAUGAUGAUCCAAGUGAAAUGAUAGCCAAUUUGAUGGUUAAAAAUGAACGAAUGAAAAGGAUAAUAUUUACAAAAAAAGGAGGUCAACAACAAAACAACAACAACAACAACAACAACAACAAAAACGGCGAUGAUUGAAGAAUUGCAACAAUUAUUGGAUGAUAAGAAAGUUCAACAAAAGAAGCAACAACAACAACAACCAAAUCAAGGAAGAUUAUUAAAUUCUGAUGAAAAACAAUCAAUUAUUAAGAAAGAAAAUAUUUACAUGAAUAAUAACAAUGUUUAUAAUGUUGAUGGCCAAGAUAAUGAUGAUAAUACGAUCAUCGUACCAGAAACACCAAAAUGGUUACAAUUCAAUGGAUAUCAAUAUCAGAAAAUUUUAGGUGAAGGAACAUAUGGAAAAAUUUUCUGUGCACGAAAUAUUAAAAACGGUGAAAUGGUUGCAAUCAAACAGAUUGAUCGUAAUAAUCCUUCCAUACAACAAUGGUUAGAUAAUGGCUGUUUGGAUCGUGAAAUGAAAAUAACAUUGGCCAUACGACAUCAGAAUCUAAUUGGUGCUAUUGAUGUAUUGAAAUUUCGUUCAAUAGCAUUCAUUGUUAUGCCAUUAAUUGAUGGUGGUAAUAUACGACAAUUAAUGUUUCGUCAACGGCGACCAUUCAAUGAGCGACGUACGAAAAAAUUAUUUUACGAUAUGGCCAAAGGAAUGAAUUAUUUACAUAGAAAUCGAAUCGUACAUCGUGAUUUAAAAUUAGAAAAUCUACUCAUUCAUCGUCAAUAUGAUCGUUUAAUGAUUGGUGAUUUUGGUUUUGCUAAAAUAUUGCCAUCCACAUCGUCGAUGGCUAUUGUUGAUUCCACAAAUAUGAUGACAACAAUGAGAAGAAAAUUUGAUAAAAAUCAAUGCAAUUCACCAUGCGGUACGAUUGAAUAUACGGCACCGGAAGUGAAUUUAAUACGAUUAAAUUAUCUUGAAAAUUCUCAAUUUAAUAAUCAACAAUCAUAUGAUGGUAAAGCGGCCGACAUAUAUUCAAUGGGCAUAUGUUUAUUUGAAAUGUUAUAUUUUUGCAAUACAUUUAUAAAACCGGAAGAAUAUUUACAAGAAAUGAAUAUAUUACAAAGAGUACAAUUAGUUUAUCGACGACAAAUGACACAACAAUGGACAGAGAAUAAUCGUGUUAAAAUAUCAACAAAAUGUUCACAACUUUUAAUACGAUUAUUGCAGAUAAAUGCUGAACAACGACCAACCAUAAUUGAAAUAAUUGAAAAUGAUCCAUGGUUAUAUAGGAUAAAUCAUCGUGAACAAGCUAAAAGAGAAAAACUACGACAAAUUACAACAUUAAUACAUGAAUAUAUGGCUAUGAAUGAUGAUGAUAAUGAUGAUAAUAAUGAUAAUGACGAUGAUAAUGAUGAUUAUGGUGGUGGUGAAGAAAAUCAAUCAUUAGUUAUGAUGAAAAAUUUAGAUUUCAAACAGAAUCAAACGAUGACCAAUAAUAAUAAAAAAAAAUUAUCCAAAACAAAAACAAUGAAAAUACGUACAUUGGAUCGUUGAUGGUGGCGAAUCACAAAAAAAUCAAUCAAUAAAUCAAUUAAUAAAUCAAUAAUUUGAAAAUAAUUAAAUCAACUUAACUCAACUGGUGAGUGAAAGUGAGUGAAUGAGAGUAGUAAAUGAUGUUUUAAUUGUCAAUAUUUUCAAGCUCAGUUUCUAUCCGGAACAUUGUGUGUGUGUGUGUGUGUGUUUACAAAAUUCAUUUGUAUAUAACAAGAAAACAAUAUUUUCCGAUAGAAACUAAGCAUAAAAAUAUCACAAAAAAAAUUUUGUUAGACUUACAUUACAUUUUUUUUCCGAUUUGUAACAAAUUUUUGCUUUCAAUGGCACACAAGAGGACCGUAGAUUUUUUUUUUCUUAUUAAUUUCAAUAUAAUUUUUCUACAGUCAUCAAUCGUAUGCCAUGGAAAACAACAAAAACAAAUUGAAUGCAAGAGAGAGAGAGAGAGAGAGAGAAAUAUUUGAUGAAAUACAUUUGUAAAACAUCAUGAUACACAUCGCCUAAAGAUGCU